AUGGAUCGCUCCCAGCAGAGCAGCCUCGGGCCGCGACACGACGCAUCGUCACGUGUCCAAAAGCCCGAGACCGCAGCUGAAAAGCUGGCGGCCCUCAAGGCACGUGUGUCAGCAGCCAUAGAUACCAGCAAAGCCAAGGGAGGUCUCAAUGUCGGCCUGCAUCCUGCCCUGGAGGACCUGGCAUCAUGGAACCCGGGAGCCAGGGGCAAGGACCCGGGCAAAGGGUCGUCGCGGGCGUCGCAGAUCAAAGACUCGUCCCAGCGCUGGAAUAAGGGUGGACCGCCAAAAAGUACUGGAUCACCGGGACCGGAUGGACGGCAGAGCAACCCAUAUUUCGACGAAACAUUGGCGAUGCAGGAGACGGGUGGUGGCGGCGGCAGACCGCGACAGUCGCGCCAGCUGGUCUUCAACCAAAAGGGCAAAUACAUUCAGCAGGCAAAUGCGCUGCGAAGGCAAGCGGCCCUCGAGGCCAUGAAGAAGCGCAUCGCUGAGCAGACGAGGAAGGCAGGCAUUGAUGACGACCUUGACGUGGAGAAGAACUAUGUGGUGGAGGCUCCCCCGGCCGUGGAGUGGUGGGACGAGGGGCUCAUCAACGGGAACAGCUACGACGCCCUCGAUGAUGGGUCGGGGCUCAAGAUCGAUGCGCUCGACAGCAUCGUGACGGAAUACAUCCAACACCCUGUGGCCGUAGAGCCGCCACAGGACAGGCAGGCGCCGGCACCCAAGGCCAUGUUCUUGACCUCCAGGGAGCAGGCCAAGAUCCGGCGACAGCGCAGAAUGGCGGAGCUCAAGGAGAUGCAGGCAAAGAUUCGCCUGGGUCUGGUUCCGGCACCGCCCCCAAAGGUGAAGAAGGGCAACCUGAUGCGGGUUCUCGGAGAUGCUGCUGUCAAGGAUCCUACAGCCGUAGAGGCACAGGUCAACCGCGAAAUUGCCGAGAGACACGAGAAGCACGUCGAUGCGAACGAGGAGCGAAAGCUCACCAAGGAGCAGAAACAGGAGAGGCUGGUCGCGAAGCAGCACAAGGACGCAGAGAAGGGGAUCCACGUGCUCGUCUUCAGGAUAAACAGCCUGGCCAACGGACAGCACCGGUACAAGAUCGGGGUCAAUGCCGAGCAGCUCGCGCUAACGGGCACAUGCAUCAUGCACCCCAAGCUCAACCUGGUGAUUGUCGAGGGUGGCGAGCACAGCAUCAACAAAUAUAAGAAGCUGAUGCUCAACCGCAUCGACUGGACGGAGAAUGUACCGUCGCGCGAAAAGGAAAAGGUACAGAAGCAGGCAGUGCGCGACUGGCUCGUGGCCGAGAACGAGCGCGGCGAGCUCAAGGAUAUGUCGCUUAAUGAGUGCAAGCUCAUAUUUGAAGGAGAACAAAAAGAGCGCGGGUUUCGUAAGUGGGGUAGCAGGGUGUGCGAGACGGACUCGGAAGCGCGAGAUUCUCUGGCCAGAGCGAAGAUGGAUGGAUUCUGGUCACUAGCCAAGGGUUUCGCAUGA